AUGACGGCCGUGUACCCGGCCGCUGGAGGUGCUGGUGGGGGUCCAGCUGGAGCUCAGCGCUAUGGUCGCUGGACCCGGCAGGACAGCUCAGACAUUUGCACAGAUGACGAGGGUCCGCCGCCCCGCAGGCUAACACCGCUCGAGAAACUCAACCUGGACAUGUGCCAAGACGACAAGGUGGUCCGGGAGCUGACGGUGGGCCGGCGGAUCGGAUUUUACAAAGUCCGUGGAGAGAUCGGCUGCGGGAACUUCUCCCACGUCAAACUGGGCAUCCACGCACUGACCAAAGAUAAGGUGGCCAUCAAGAUCCUGGAUAAGACCAAGCUGGACCAGAAGACCCAGAAGCUUCUCUCCAGGGAAAUCUCCAGCAUGGAGAAGCUGCACCAUCCCAACAUCAUCCGGCUGUACGAGGUGGUGGAGACGCUGACCCGUCUGCACCUGGUGAUGGAGUACGCGGCCGGAGGGGAGCUUUACACCAAAAUCACCACGGAGGGGAAACUGUCCGACAUCGACAGCAAGAUAGUCUUCUCUCAGGUCCUCUCCGCCGUCAAGCACAUGCACGACAACAACAUAAUCCACCGCGACCUGAAGGCGGAGAACGUGUUCUACACCUGCAGCACCUGCGUGAAGGUGGGCGAUUUCGGGUUCAGCACGGUGAGCCGGCGGGACGAGACGCUCAACACGUUCUGCGGCUCCCCGCCGUACGCCGCGCCCGAGCUGUUCCGGGACCAGCACUACACGGGCGUUCACGUGGAUGUGUGGGCGCUGGGGGUCCUGCUGUUCUUCAUGGUGACGGGCACCAUGCCGUUCAGGGCGGAAACGGUGGCCAAGCUGAAGCGCUGCAUCCUGGAGGGCGCGUACGCGGUGCCGGCGUGGGUGCCCGAGCCGUGCCAGAGGCUGAUACGCGCCAUCCUGCAGCUGCAGCCGUCCGAGCGCUGCGGCCUGGAGCAGAUGAUGGCCUGCGAGUGGCUGCGGCCCGUGGACUUCCCCAAAGCCAUGGAGCCGUUUAAACUGGACCCGCUGUAUUUGGCGGAGGCCGGGUCGGCCGAGCUGGAGGAGGACGAGAUCGAAGUGAGGAACGCUUUGGAAAAGCUCGGCAUCACGACGGAGCACAUACGCAACAACCAGGGCAAAGACUGCCGGAGCUCCAUCACCGGCGUUUACCGGAUCUUCCUGCACCGCGCGCACAAGCGGCGGGCCGUGGAGAGCAUGCCCGUGGUCACGCACGUGGUGAGCGGGACGGACGUGAAGAAGGAGCGGCUGAAGGCCUACAGGAGCCUCAGACACACCUCAAAACUCUGCGCCAUUCUGUGA